UCUAAUGUGCAGCCCUUGCCAUAGAAGGCUGCCAACUCAUCAGCUUACCCGUGAUCACAUCGCAUCUGCCGGGAGCCAGACACCAAAUGUGAUAGAAAAACUGGAAUGAUUAUUCACCAGUCAGAAUGAACAUUUACCUGCUCUCUCUGAUCAAGCCUUCGGUAUGAUUGCAUUGAAACGGUUUAGAUGUGACGUGGGAUUUUCAUUUGCCACGGUGGUUUGGUUGUACCUUUGGGCUCAGUUUGAAGCUGCUCCAGAUUUCUCAGGUUACCUCCUGAAGAUUCUGCAAAACCACACAGUGCACGCUUGUGACGGGGAUCGCUUCUCAAUAAGCUGCCCACCUCAGACAUCCAUCAGCAUUCUGUCAGCCUUCUAUGGUCGCCGUGUUUCCAGUGAACAUUUGUGCCCAAGUGGGUUGAACACAUCAGCUGAAAGCAUCAACUGUGCGGCUGUCACAGCUGUACCGAAAUUAUAUGAUGAGUGUCAAGAACAGCACUCAUGCCAGUUUUCAGUCAACAGGCGGGUUUUUGGUCCUGAUCCUUGCCCUGGGACCAGUAAAUAUCUAAUUGUUUCAUUCAAGUGCAAACCUGACGGACACCAGAGCAAUCUAGUAUGUGAGAAUGAGACGUUACACCUCCAGUGUAAGAACCAAACUGUCCUUGUCAUUUACACGGCAAGUUACGGACGAGCCCUUUAUGGGAAUAUGGAGUGUCCCUCAACGAACAGCUCAACACCAGAUAUUGAGUGUUUAUCGCCCACAACUCUAAGAAUCGUCUCCUCAAGCUGCCACAGCAAAGCAAACUGUUCGAUCACUGCCAGUGUUUUGAGCUUUGGUGACCCCUGCAUCCCUGGAAUCCGUAAACAACUCAAUGUUUCAUAUACAUGUGUUCCAAAAAAGCUCUUUGAGGAGGCUGGUCAAGGACCAGUCAAGCCCUUCUUAAUAUCAGAUUAUACUCACGGUGGCUGGUAUAAUGGUCCAAGAAUGUCCAUGCUUUACGCCAAAGAUGUCGCCAUUAUUAGCAGUUCCCUGGCCACUCUUGCCCACAUUAGGGGUCUCCCAGAGAAAGUGGCCCUGUUCUUCUUGUCUGGCGUAUGUUCUGGCUUAGUGUUUAUCCUCUGCACUAUUGGAUUUCACAUGUUACUGAGACAAGACAUCAGCAAGCUACAAAGUGAGGCAGAAGACAACCAAGAAAGUGAAAAUGGGCACAUCAAGAUUUCAGACGAUGAGGAUGAUGGCUCCUCUGACAUCUCAUUUCGACAGUUGACCAGACAGUAUAGGGCGUCAGAUAAUAUCUUCAGCCCAGAGAUGGCAGCUGUGAUAGUAGACAGAGGGGAACAGAAUGAUCUAAGAGACAGGGAAAUGUGGCUGAACAAGGAGCCCAGCCCCUAUGCAAUCCAGAACCUGAAUCAUCAUCAGUAAUAAGGUCAGAGUAACAAAAUAAAAAGAUUAAAAGGUUGAAAUCAAAUUGACAAGUAAAGGUUGAGUGCACUAUACAAAGGAAAUGGGUUGAAUGAUGAGGGUAUAUGGAAACCAAGGGAAAAUUCCUGUUGCCUGUAAAACAGAAGUGAAUUCACUGGGAAAGGAAGCAAAGAGACCACAUCAGGACAUCUGCCAACCAGAUUCUGACUGCGGGUGCUAUCUGUAUAGAGUUUGUACGUUCUCAUUGUGAUCGCGUGGGAUUUCGCCGGGUGCCCUGGUUUCCUCCCACACUCCAAAGACACAUUUUGUAGGUCAAAUGGCUUCUGUAAAUUGUUCUUAAUGUGUAGGAUAAAUUAGUGUACGGGUGAUCGUUGGUCGGUGUGGACUCAGUGGUCCAAAGAGCCCGUUUCCACACUGUAAAUGAAACUAAAAUUAAACUAAACUGUGUUGCUCUUUA